AUGUCCGCCCCCAAUCACCCUCGUACGCCAGGCCACGGACACGUAUCCCGUCCCUCCACCGCCAACGCCGCGACCGCCAGCAAGUCCCGUCAGCUCAGUCACCUUCAUGCACAGCUCGCGCAGUUGACGGCGAAUAUGUCGGAUCUGGAGAAUUUGCUCCGUAUGACGGCUGUGCAGGCGGAGGGCAUGAGGGGUCUGGGAGGGUAUGCGGGUGGUAUGUUUAUGGCUGCUAGUACGGUUUUGGGGGAGGAGACGGUUAGUGGUGCUGAUGGUGGGCAAGGGCAGGAUGGAAGGGAGGAGAAGUGA